CCAGCGCCUGGUGCAGCUGCUGAGAUGGCGGCACCUGCCGAGGGUGCCGCCGCCGCUGCCGACGCUUCCGCCGUCGUCGCGCUGGAGCGCAGCGGCAGCGUGGCGGCUGCCGGGGAGCCAGCAGCCGCUUCCGCACCGGCGCCGCCGCCUGGCGGCGCUGCGCCAGCUGCGCCGCGCGAGCAGCAGCCGGCAGCGGCAGCUGCGGCGGAGCAGCCCUGCGCCAUGCAGACUGACGAGCCCGAGGCCGCCGCUGCCGCGGCAGCGGCGCCUCCCAAUGCCAGCACAGCCGCGGUGGGGCCUGGCCCUGCUGGGGAUGGCGAUGGCACGGUGGCUGCGCCGGAGAAGGUUGUACCCCUCUGGACGCUGCGUGCGGCUUACAUCAUGGCGGCAGCGGAGGCCAUCCGAAACGUGCAGGCCGAGGCGGCGGCGGUACCGGAGAAGCACGCGCUGCGGGAUGUGGCGGUGGACCAGUAUGAGAAGCAGCUACUCAGCGAGAUCAUCCCUCCCGAGGAGAUUGCGGUCGGCUUUGACGACAUCGGCGCGCUGGAUGCGGUGAAGAGCACGCUGCACGAGGUCGUCAUCCUGCCGCUGCAGCGCCCGGAGCUGUUCACCCGCGGCUCCCUCACCAAGCCCACCAAGGGCGUGCUGCUGUUUGGGCCGCCCGGCACCGGCAAGACGAUGCUGGCCAAGGCUGUGGCCAGCGAGAGCGGGGCGCACUUCAUCAACUGCAACAUGUCGGCCAUCACCUCCAAGUGGUUUGGCGAGGGCGAGCGCCUCGUCAGGGCGCUCUUCGGCCUGGCCCACAAGCUGUCCCCCUCCGUCAUCUUUGUGGAUGAGAUAGACUCCUUCCUGUCCAAGCGGGGCCAGUCCAACAGCGAGCACGAGGCGCUGCGCAAGAUGAAGAAUGAGUUCAUGACGCACUGGGACGGCCUGCGCACCAAGCAGAGCGACCGCGUGCUGGUGCUGGCUGCCACCAACAGGCCCAUGGACUUGGAUGACGCGGUCAUCCGCCGCAUGCCGCGCCGCAUCUUUGUGCCGCUGCCCGACACGCCCAACCGCGAGCGCAUCCUGCAGGUGAUCCUCAAGGACGAAGAUCUGGACCCAUCGUUUGACUUCAGCGAGGCCGCCGCCCUGGCCGACGGCUACAGCGGCAGCGACCUCAAGAAUGUGUGCAUCGCCGCGGCCUACUGCCCCAUCCGGGAGUUUCUGGAGAAGGAGCGGGCGGCCAUGGCGGCGGAGAAGGCGGCGGCGGCGGCGGGAGGAGGAGCGGCUCGUGCCGGCGCCGGCUCGCAGGCGCGCGCCGCGGCUGCGGCU